CACCACUCACCAGAGUGUGAGGGGAAAAAAAGAUGAGUGAGGUAACAAAAACAAAACCAGAUUCUUCAGAGUUCAAACACUUGGUGAUUGUUAAGUUCAAAGAAGAUGUUAACGUGGAAGAGAUCAUCAAAGGGCUUCAGAAGUUGGUCGACGAAAUUGAUUCCCUCAAAUCCUUCGAAUGGGGACAAGACAUGGAGAGCCAGGUGGGGUUAAGACAAGGAUACACACAUGCAUUCAUCAUGAGCUUUGAGAAGAAACAAGACUACUUCGAUUUCGUGUCUCAUCAAUCUCACGUCUCUUUCUCUUCCGUCUUCUCUUCUUCUAUCGACCAAAUCCUUCUCCUCGAUUUCCAUUCUUCUCCCCUUCUCCCCGUCGCCACGUCAUCAUCACCCCCUCCUCCUCCUCCUCCUCCUCCUGCCGCCGUCGAAGAUGCCGCUCACGACGAUACCGUUCUCACUCGCGAUGAUACUGCUGAUCAUUGUCGUAAUAGUGGCUGUAAUAGUAAUUAGUACGGUCAUUAGCAGGAUCAUUGAUUCUCAGUCAGGAGAUGACGGAAAAGAUCACGGGGAUUGAGCGUAUUACAUCCUAUGUUAUCUUCGUUUAUAUAUAUAUAUAUGUGUGUGUGUGUGUGUGUGUGUUUCGUAUUUUUAAUAAAAAAAAAGGGUAUCCAGCAAUUUGGCCCGAUAUUCCCAUGCAAGGCACAUGAAGGACCCCGCAUUAUACCUCGAUGGAAUUGGAACAUUUUAUCCUCCUUUGGAUUGCCAAUCGAAUAU